AUGUCUCCUCCCAUCCGUCAAGAUCAGCAUGGCCGGAACAAACAUACCCCGCAUUGCCCCUCUCCUCUCCUCUCUCUCUCCCCCUUCUCCCCCACCCCUCCGCGUGAAAUGACGGAGCCUUUACUUGAGACCGAUUGGAUUUCUCACGCUCCUCCAGCCACCUUUGAUGGCGGCCCGCAGACCUGGCCAAGCCUAGCCUCCAUUCGCCAGCCUGAUUCCCCCUCCCCCACUGACGCAAGAAAGCAGGCACACGCCCACUGUCGACCGAGCGCUUGCAUGCUUACCGCAUCCUUUUCGAAUAGUCUGUUUCUUGCGCUUCUUGUCGCGACACGUCUGUCAAGGUCUUCAGCUUUGUCUCUGCUGCCCUGCGUGCAAUUGUUUGGAUCGCAGCAUUCGUCUGCUUACGACAGGGUUUGCAACUACGUCACUAUCGCAAAUUCAAUCCUAAUCGCUGGAAACGGACAAUAUGGGUGUCGCGAAUCUUCUCCCUUUGGUGAUUCUAUUCGCUGUGGUCGGAGGUUUGGGCUGGGUUGGCUAUCAGGUUUGCCUUGCCCCUUUUACACAACUCUCCCCUGUCAUGAUCGUACUGUGGUCGCAUCGCAUCGCAUCGCAUCGCAUCGCAUUGCACACAAUGCGCCCUCCUCCAUUCCGCAACGCUUCCAGGGCGGGCUAACCCACACUUCCGACCACCAGAUCUUUCUCUACUCCAACGAGCUAGCCGAGCGCGGCGUCAAGAAGAUGGAAAAGAAGAAUGUCGUGUUUACAAAGGAUGGAGCGCGUGUGGGUGUCAAGGAGGUUACCGCAGAGGAGUAUGCGGAUAAGACGCAAAAGGCGUUUGUGAACACGUGGAAUGCGGCGCAUGACGGUGGCGAAUCGGUACGAGAGCGAGGAAGAUGA